ACGUCCCCUCCCGUCGCAUCCCUCCCCUCUCGUGGGGUCCCUGUCAGCCAGCGCCUGCAGGGGACUUGUCCCGAGCUGGCCGGGAUGCAGGUCCCACUGCCGGGUCUCAUCCGGUGCAGGGCACUCCGUUUGGGGGAGAAGCUGCCAAGUCAGUCCACUCUCAGCGAGUCUGGGGACCCGGCUGACCACUCCUGCCUAAGCCCAAGCCCCCAGUGUCCGUCCCUUCCCUGGCGUCCAGGGCCCUCCUCGCAACACCACCCCCACCCCCGCCAAGUGACCCCGCCCAGUUGGCCCUGCCCAGGCCACCGCCACCGACCCACAGGCCCGGGUCCCCGCACCCCAGGCUGGAGGUGUCGGGGGUGCUCCCGACAGCAGGCGGCCAGCUGGUUCCCUUCGGGGCAGCCGCGCGCCCUCCCCCUCAGGGCUGUAACCCGAGCCGCCGCCGCGCUGCCCCGCCGCCUGAGCCCCGACAGCGAUUCCGCAGGCGCCAUGGGCCGCGGGGCCUGCGUCCCCUCAGCGGCGUCGGGGGCCCACGACCGGGCCCGCCUUCUCGGAGCCGUGCUGGGCGCGCUGUGCCUCCUCCCCACGCUCGUGCUGCUGGCCCGGCCGGGGGCCCUGGGGAACCGGCCCGUGGCGAGCGCAGCGCAGCCCUGGCUCGGGGUGGAAAACCAGAAAAUGCCGAAAGACAAAGGAGUCCCUCCCUGGAGGGAGCGCCAGCGCUCCCUGGAGCGCGCGCCCUCCCAUCCUUCGAGGUCCAUUUCCUCGCGGCUUGGGGACAGUCCCUGCUGCCUCCCCACGGGGCACUUGCUUCCCUCGAAGGGAGACGCUGUGCCCCCGACCGUGGGUGUGCUCACCACCCCAAGCCUUGGCCCGCCGCACCCCCCAGCGCCCCGCAGACGCCGCUACACGCUGACCCCGACCCGGCUGCACUGGGACCACUUCAACCUCACAUACAGGAUCCUCUCUUUCCCGAGGAACCUGCUCAGCCCCAGAGAGACCCGGCGGGGCCUGGCCGCCGCCUUCCGCAUGUGGAGUGACGUGUCCCCCUUCAGCUUCCGCGAGGUGGCCCCUGAGCAGCCCAGCGACCUCCGCAUAGGCUUCUACCCGGUCAACCACACGGACUGCCUGGUCUCCCCGACGCACCACUGCUUCGACGGCCCCACGGGCGAGCUGGCCCACGCCUUCUUCCCCCCGCACGGCGGCAUCCACUUUGACGACAGCGAGUACUGGGUCCUGGGCCCCACACGCUACAGCUGGAAGAAAGGCGCUGUCGCAGGACGAGCUGUGGGGGUUGCACCGGCUCUACGGCUGCCUGGACCGGCUGUUCGUGUGCGCGUCCUGGGCGCGGAGGGGUUUCUGCGACGCCCGCCAGAGGCUCAUGAAGAGGCUGUGCCCCAGCAGCUGCGACUUCUGCUACGAGUUCCCCUUCCCCACGGUGGCUGCCACCGCACCGCCCCCCAGGACCAAAACCCGGCUGGUGCCCGAGGGCAGGAAUGUGACCUUCCGCUGCGGCCAGAAGAUCCUCCACAAGAAAGGCAAAGUGUACUGGUACAAGGACCAGGAGCCCCUGGAGUUCUCCUACCCCGGCUACCUGGCGCUGGGCGACGCGCACCUGAGCAUCAUCGCCAACGCCAUCAACGAGGGCACCUACACGUGCGUGGUGCGCCGGCGGCAGCACGUGCUCAGCACCUACUCCUGGCGCGUCCGCCUGCGGAGCUGAAGGCCGCCCGCAGGGCUGAGGAUGCCGAUAAAGCAGUUUCUCGCUCACGUCUCCUGGCCCUUUUUUGGGAGGGUGGGCGGCCAGUCUUGGCCCACGGGGUGCGGAGCCUGCAGCCAGUUCCUUGCAGGGAGGAUGCCGUCCACAGAGACAGGCCGAGACGGGCUUCUCCAGGCCGGGCCUGGAACAGUGGGUAAACCCGAGGCCCAGGCGCCAGCAGCAUCACCAGGGCAGCGCGCUGAGCCA